AUGACAGAAAAUAUUAGUUCACGUAUUACAAUGUUGUUGGACAAUUCAAAUAAAAUUGUGAAAUUACUAACUAACACGAAGAAGUGCGUUCGAGCUAAGAUUACAAGAGGAUAUUUGGAUGCACGUUUAGAGAUGUUAUGUGAGUACUGGUCAUCAUAUAAUAAACAAUAUGAGUAUAUUACAACUACAUAUUCAGAGUCGAAUUUUAAAUCAUGUAAUCUCGAUCUAGAGGAAAAUUAUAACUCUACUGAAGAGGCUUACUUAGAUCUCAAGACCUGGAUAAAAGAUUGGUUAUAUGAACAUGAAACAAAAUCAAUUCAAACUGAUGAUAAUAACACCAUCACCAUCGCAUCAUCUUCACACUCGAGACCACAUCUUCCUCCGAUACCCCUUCCAGUAUUUUCUGGUGAUUAUAAUGAUUGGAUUAGCUACCGAGAUUUAUAUAUUUCAUUAAUACAUAACAAUAACAGUUUAUCUAAAAUUGAAAAGCAUCAUUAUCUUAAAUCUAGUUUAACUGGGGUAGCAGCAGAAUUAUUAAAGAAUUUUACACUUACCGAAGCUAAUUAUCUCGAUGCAUGGAAAAAGCUGGAAGAAAGAUACGACAACAAGAGGAUUAUUGUCAACAACAUACUGAAUCGCUUAUUAAGUCAAAAGAAGUUAGCUGGCGAAUCAACUAAAGGUCUCAAAGAAUUAUUAGACACUACUAGUCAAUGUCUUGACUCGUUGAAAAAUCUCAACAUAUGUAUUUCUAACUGGGAUGCUAUUUUAGUAUAUGUCAUUGUCGGAAAGUUAGACUCCGAAUCACAUAAACUUUGGGAGCAGUCUCUUGGUAAUUCUACUGAGAUUCCUACUUAUGCCGAUUUAGCUUCUUUCUUGGAGAAUAGAUUCAGAAUACUAGAAAUGAUUAGUUCAACUCAAGUUAAAGAAUUGUCAAAGAAGAUAUACACACCACAAAAAUUUACAUCUGUCAAAACUUACGUUACUGAAGUAAAUAGUACUUGCACAUAUUGUUCACAGAACCAUUACAUUUGUCAUUGUAAGAAAUUUACUACACUUACCGUAUCAGAACGUCAACAUUUUAUAAAAACGAACAACAUCUGCUUCAACUGUUUGAUUAAGGGUCAUUCUGUGAAACAAUGUCGGCAAAGCACAACCUGUAAGAAAUGCGGACGACGUCAUCACACUUUGCUGCAUUUAACAACUCUUAACAAACCAGAGAUUACAACUGAGAGAAAUGAGUCAGUACAGAGUCCCUCUACGUCUUGUCAUACUGCUAACACGAAACCUGAAACAAAUAAUAAACAAAUUAUUUUACCUACUGCUCAAAUUAAAGUAAAGGCAAACAAUGGCUCUACUUACGUUCUCAGGGCACUUGUAGACCAGGGCUCUCAGGCUUCUUUUGUUACUGAAGCAGCUGUACAACUGUUGAAUCUUGAUCGCACACCUGUAAUUGGUAAAAUCACUGGAAUAUCCAACUCACAAGAAGUUACUACGAAGUCUAUAGUAACACUCACAAUUCAUUGUAAAAACCCAUCACUUUCACGUAUUGAAGUUAACGCUUAUGUACUUAGAAAACUAACUUCAAUACUACCGUCUCGAGAAUUUCCACAAGGUACUUGGCCUUCAUCAAUGCAAUUAGAUGUAGCUGAUCCUGAUUUUCACAAGCCGAGUCCUAUAGAUGUUUUAUUGGGUGCCGACGUGCAUGCUCACAUAAUUCUCGAUGGAAUACAUAAACACAACACUCUCGUUGCUCUUAACUCUCGCCUGGGUUGGUUGCUGGCUGGAAGCGUUUCACAAACUGUUACACAAAUACACAAUAUGGUUGUAGCCCAUAAUAAAUUGGAGGUGGAUCAGUUACUUAGGCAGUUUUGGGAGAUCGAAGAGCACGUUCCCCACAAAAAACCUAUGUCCGCAUCAGAAAUACAAUGCGAGGAACACUAUAAAAAUACUUACACACGUAAUGAUGAUGGUCGAUACGUAGUUCGUUUACCAUUUAAAGAAUUUCCUUCCACAAGUCUUGGUGAUUCAAAAACCUUGGCUGUUAAUCGUCUGCAACAGAUGGAGAAGAGAUUUUUACACAAACCUGAAUUUAAAAAUCAGUAUACUAAUUUUAUGGAUGAAUACCUGUCACACGAACAUAUGGAGAUGAUACCUGAAAAUGAACUUAAUACUAAUAAUAAAAAUAUAUAUUACUUACCUCACCAUGCUGUCCUUAGGCCGUCGAGCUUGAGUACAAAGUUGCGCGUAGUCUUUGAUGGUAGUGCUGUACCUGCAAAUGGAAAAUCAUUAAAUGAUGAACUGUUAAUCGGUCCUCCUCUUCUUCAAGAUAUUCGAUACUUAAUUACUAGAUGGAGACAACACAAAAUAUGUUUAGUUGCAGAUAUACAGAAGAUGUAUCGACAGAUACUUGUAUCUAAAAAAGAUAUAGAUCUACAAAGAAUCGUAUGGCGUGAAUCUCUCAAUGAUCCUAUUCAAGAGUACAGAUUACUUACCGUAACCUAUGGUACGUCUUGUGCUCCUUUUUUAGCUAUCCGUACAUUGCACCAACUUGCUGAAGAUGAAUGUGGUGAGUUUCCUAGAGAAGCUGAAAUUGUGAAGGAAGACUUCUACAUGGACGAUUUGUUAACAGGUACGUCAACAGAGGAAAGUGCAAUAUUUCUUCAAAAUCGGUUAACUGAAUUAUUAGCUCGAGGUGGCUUUCCUUUGCACAAAUGGUCGUCUAAUAGUAAACUAGUAUUGAAUCAAAUUUCGAACGACAAAAGAGAUUCUUUAAGUACAGUCACUAUUAAAGUAGAAGACACUAUUAAAGCUUUAGGUAUUAUAUGGAAUUCACAAACUGACAACUUUGAACUUACAUUAAAUUUAGAAUUUAAAUCCCACAAUGUCACUAAACGAACUGUUCUUUCUGCGAUAACUAAGUCCUUUGAUCCUCUUGGUUGGUUAGCACCUUCUAUUAUUGUUCUUAAAAUAUUCAUGCAGAAAUUAUGGCUAGCUGGAUUGGAUUGGGACGAGGAGCUACCACUAGAAUUAAAAACUGAAUGGUUCACUUACCUAGAUAAAUUUUCUCACAUGCAAAUCAUUCCCUUUCCAAGAUGGCUCAGUAUUUUAAAUACUACUACUAGAGUAGAAUUACAUGGCUUUAGCGAUGCAUCUUGUGCUGCUUAUGCUGCUGUUGUCUAUAUCAGGGUUUGGAAUGGCAAAAACGUUAAUGUUCAUUUAGUUUUUGCAAAAACACGUGUAGCUCCAGUAAAACAAAUCACGUUGCCACGACUUGAACUUUGUGGUGCUGUUUUAUUAGCCAAGAUGUUGAGCAGUCUUAAAACUGUUUUGAAAAUACAAAAUAAUUGUGUGUUCGCUUGGACUGAUUCUACUAUAGUUUUGGCGUGGUUACGCAAAACACCUGGUACUUGGACAACAUUUGUUGCUAAUCGAACAGCAGAAAUUUUAACUAUCGCAAAUAGUAGUCAAUGUCGUUAUAUUGAUACUUUUAAUAAUCCAGCAAAUUUAAGCUUACGAGGUUUAAAUCCGAAUGAUUUGAGACAGUCAAAACUAUGGUAG